AUGUUUCACCAUGAUAGGGCAAUCAGCACGUACGGCCACAGUCAGCUGAAAACUGGGCAUCCCGUCCGCUCUGCCAUACAUAAGCAGUUGAACGGCAGAUUAGUACUACGGUGGGUGACCACGUGGGAAUCCCUGCUGCUGUACGUUUUGCAUUUCCUCUUUGCUCCAUGGACUCUGAACAUAUCUUUUGAUCGCCAACAUCAUCUAUAUUGUGCUACCAAGACUAGUGCGAAUUCUUUCGCCAAGAAUGAAUCACAUUAUCUUAGGCCACCAGCUUCCUUCUCAUCAUGGAUAUACAUUAUGUUCUAA